CGAUAAUAAUAUGUACUAACAACAACCACAAAGCAGUCAAACAAAAUACGUUACAGUUUAGUACGAGUUUACCUGUCGUCGUGUUAAGUUGAAUUUAGCGGAAAAGAACAGAACUGAAAACAAAGUGAAAAACAAACAGUGAAAAAAAACAAACCCAGUAAACGGUUUAUUAAAGUGUGUAAACAUCACAACUAUUUAAAAAUUAUUCAAAUUAUAAAAAAAAACUUGACGGAUCUAAUACGUGAUUUUAACAGAUAUUUUUUAACACAACACUGAGAUUUUUUUUAAAUCGCAUUUCUUAACACACAUUUUAAUGGUCAAUGAAGGGCAAUAAAAAUGGUGAUUGUAACACGCGGUGACUACAUCUGGAUAGAACCCGCUACGGGCAGAGAAUUCGAUGUAGCCAUUGGUGCUCGUGUCAUAUCGGCGGAGGGAAGACGCAUACAAGUACGUGACGAUGAUGGUGACGAAGUCUGGUUGGCGCCGGAGAGGCGCAUUAAAGCAAUGCAUGCCUCUUCCGUGCAGGGUGUGGAGGAUAUGAUCUCCUUGGGAGAUCUGCAUGAAGCGGGCAUCUUAAGAAAUUUAUUAAUACGUUACAAAGAUAAUUUAAUAUAUACCUACACCGGUUCCAUUUUGGUAGCUGUUAAUCCCUACCAAAUUCUACCCAUCUAUACAGCUGAUCAAAUUAAACUCUAUAAAGAGCGCAAAAUUGGUGAACUGCCUCCACAUAUUUUUGCCAUAGGCGACAAUGCCUAUGCUCAUAUGAAACGCUAUCGUCAAGAUCAAUGUAUUGUAAUAUCGGGAGAAUCGGGUGCCGGUAAAACGGAAAGCACAAAAUUGAUUUUACAAUAUUUGGCCGCCAUUAGUGGUAAACAUUCCUGGAUAGAACAGCAAAUCCUAGAAGCUAAUCCCAUUCUGGAGGCUUUUGGUAAUGCCAAGACUGUAAGAAAUGACAAUUCCUCAAGAUUUGGCAAAUAUAUUGACAUACACUUUAGUGUUAAUGGUGUGAUUGAGGGUGCCAAGAUAGAGCAAUAUCUUUUGGAGAAAUCUCGCAUUGUUUCACAAAAUCACAGUGAACGUAAUUAUCAUAUAUUCUAUUGUAUAUUGGCGGGUUUGUCGGCCGAGGAAAAACGGCGUUUGGAUUUGGGCAAUGCUGCGGAUUAUAAAUACCUAACCGGCGGAGACUGCAUUACCUGUGAGGGUCGUGAUGACAUGGCUGAAUUUUCAGACAUACGUUCGGCCAUGAAAGUUUUACUUUUCACCGAUCAAGAAAUCUGGGAAAUUAUUAAACUUCUAUCUGCACUUUUGCAUUGUGGCAACAUCAAGUAUAAGGCAACCGUGGUGGAUAAUUUAGAUGCCACCGAAAUUCCCGAACACAUUAAUGUGGAGAGAGUGGCUGCUUUGUUGGGUUUACCCAUGCAACCUCUAAUGGAUGCUUUAACCAGACGUACCCUCUUCGCUCAUGGAGAAACUGUGGUGUCUACACUGUCCCGAGAUCAAUCGGUCGAUGUGCGUGAUGCUUUUGUCAAGGGUAUUUAUGGUCGUAUGUUUGUGCAUAUUGUGCGCAAAAUAAAUACGGCCAUUUACAAACCACGAGCCACUUCUCGCAAUGCCAUUGGUGUCUUGGAUAUUUUCGGUUUUGAGAAUUUCGAUCAGAACAGUUUUGAACAAUUUUGUAUAAACUAUGCCAAUGAGAAUUUGCAGCAGUUUUUUGUUCAACACAUUUUCAAAUUGGAGCAAGAGGAAUACAAUCAUGAGGGUAUUAAUUGGCAGCAUAUAGAGUUUGUGGAUAACCAAGAUGCCUUGGAUUUGAUAGCCAUUAAACAGUUGAAUAUUAUGGCCUUGAUAGAUGAAGAGGCUAGAUUCCCCAAGGGCACAGAUCACACCAUGUUGGCUAAAUUGCACAAAACCCAUGGCACACAUAAAAACUAUUUGAAACCCAAAUCGGAUAUCAAUACCAGUUUUGGUUUGAAUCAUUUUGCGGGUGUGGUGUUCUACGAUACUAGUGGUUUCUUGGACAAGAAUCGUGAUACUUUCAGUCCCGAUCUACUGCAUCUAGUUAGUCAAAGUAGUAAUAAGUUUUUGAGACAAAUAUUCAGCCAAGAUAUAGAGAUGGGCGCCGAAACACGCAAAAGGACACCCACAUUAUCCACACAGUUUAAGAAGAGUUUGGAUGCUCUCAUGAAGACCUUGUGCUCUUGUCAGCCCUUCUUUAUAAGAUGCAUUAAACCCAAUGAGGUGAAGAAGCCCAUGCUGUUUGACAGAGGUUUGUGCUGUCGCCAGUUACGUUAUUCGGGCAUGAUGGAAACCAUACGCAUAAGGAGAGCUGGUUAUCCCAUACGCCAUGGUUUCCGGGACUUUGUGGAGCGUUAUAGAUUCUUAAUACCUGGAGUGCCACCCGCCCAUAGAACCGACUGUCGUUUGGCUACUGCACGUAUAUGUGCCGCCGUUUUGGGUCAAUCCGAUUAUCAAUUGGGUCACACCAAAGUUUUCCUUAAAGAUGCUCACGAUUUGUUUUUGGAACAAGAGCGAGAUCGUGUUUUGACGCGUAAGAUUUUGAUCUUACAAAGAACCAUUAGAGGCUGGGUGUAUCGCAGGCGUUUCUUGCGCAUGCGAGCUGCUGCUGUAACCGUACAACGCUACUGGAAGGGUUAUGCUCAACGUCAACGUUAUCAGAAGAUGCGUGUAGGUUACAUGCGAUUGCAGGCCUUGAUACGUUCUAGGGUAUUGUCGCAUCGUUUCCGCCACCUGAGAGGCCAUAUAGUGGGCUUGCAAGCUCAUGCCCGUGGCUAUUUGGUGCGCCGCGAAUAUGGCCAUAAAAUGUGGGCUAUAAUUAAGAUACAGUCACAUGCCCGCCGUAUGAUAGCCAUGCGCAAGUAUAAGAAAUUAAAGGAGGAGUAUAAGAAGUUUGCAGAAGUGUUGCAUUUGCGCAAGAUGGAAGAGCAAGAGCUUAUGCAUAAGGGCAAUAAACAUGCUAGAGAAAUUGCCGAGCAGCACUAUAGAGAUCGUUUGCAUGAGAUGGAGAGAAGAGAAAUGGAACAGGAAAUCGAGGAGAGAAGACGGGUAGAGGUUAAGAAGAAUUUGAUUAAUGAUGCCGCCCGCAAACAAGAUGAACCGGUAGAUGAUGGAAAAUUGGUGGAGGCCAUGUUUGAUUUCCUACCCGAUUCCAGUAGUGAGGCACCAACGCCUCAUGGCGGCCGUGAAACCUCGGUGUUUAAUGAUUUGCCUCAUGGCCAGCAUGUCAAUCAAGAGGAUUGCAUAGGUCCCAUGCAUAUCUCGGAGGAUGAGGAAGAUUUGUCGGAAUUUAAAUUUCAAAAAUUUGCCGCCACUUAUUUCCAAGGCAAUGUCAAUCACCAGUACUCCAAGAAGGCUUUAAAACAUCCUUUGCUGCCUUUACAUACUCAAGGAGAUCAAUUGGCUGCCCAGGCUUUAUGGAUUACCAUAUUAAGGUUUACCGGAGAUAUGCCAGAGCCUAAAUAUCACACCAUGGAUCGCAUGGAUACCACCUCGGUGAUGUCCAAAGUAACGGCUACUUUGGGACGUAACUUUAUACGAAGCAAGGAAUUCCAAGAGGCUCAAUUAAUGGGUUUGGAUCCCGAGGCCUUCCUUAAGCAAAAACCCCGCUCCAUAAGACACAAACUUGUUUCUCUAACCUUGAAACGUAAAAACAAACUGGGCGAAGAUGUCAGAAGACGCCUGCAGGAUGAGGAGUACACUGCGGAUAGCUAUCAGUCUUGGCUGCAGUCACGUCCCACAUCAAAUCUCGAAAAAUUGCAUUUUAUUAUAGGCCAUGGUAUUUUAAGGGCUGAACUAAGAGAUGAAAUCUAUUGUCAAAUCUGCAAACAAUUGACCAACAAUCCUUUGAAAUCAUCUCAUGCUAGAGGUUGGAUUUUGCUGUCCUUGUGUGUGGGUUGUUUUGCUCCCUCAGAGAAAUUUGUUAAUUAUCUGAGAGCUUUCAUACGUGAAGGUCCUCCUGGUUAUGCGCCUUAUUGUGAGGAGCGUUUGAAGAGAACUUUUAAUAAUGGUACUAGAAAUCAACCACCCUCCUGGUUGGAGUUGCAAGCCACAAAAUCGAAAAAGCCUAUAAUGUUGCCCAUAACAUUUAUGGAUGGCAAUACCAAGACUUUGCUGGCUGAUUCCGCCACCACGGCCAGGGAACUGUGCAAUCAGCUGUCGGAGAAGAUCACAUUGAAAGAUCAAUUUGGUUUCUCUUUGUAUAUAGCCUUGUUUGACAAGGUUUCAUCGCUGGGCAGUGGCGGCGAUCAUGUUAUGGAUGCUAUUUCCCAGUGUGAACAAUAUGCCAAGGAACAAGGAGCCCAAGAGCGUAAUGCCCCCUGGCGUUUGUUCUUCCGCAAGGAAAUAUUUGCUCCCUGGCAUGAUCCCACCUUUGAUCAGGUGGCCACGAAUCUCAUUUAUCAGCAAGUGGUUAGAGGUGUCAAGUUCGGUGAAUAUCGCUGUGACAAGGAAGAGGAUUUGGCCAUGAUAGCCGCCCAGCAAUAUUUCAUAGAAUAUGGCACCGACAUGUCCAUGGAAAGACUGUUCACCCUGUUGCCCAACUUUAUACCCGAUUUUUGUCUCACCGGCAUCGACAAGGCCAUAGAACGUUGGGCCGCUUUGGUGUUGCAGGCCUACAAGAAGUCAUACUAUGUUAAGGAGAAAAUAGCCUCGUUGAAGAUCAAGGAGGAUAUAGUCAGUUAUGCCAAGUAUAAAUGGCCUUUGUUGUUCUCGAGAUUUUAUGAAGCGUAUCGCAAUUCGGGUCCUAAUCUGCCCAAGAAUGAUGUUAUAAUAGCGGUUAAUUGGACGGGUGUGUAUGUGGUGGAUGAUCAGGAGCAAGUGUUGUUGGAAUUGAGUUUCCCCGAGAUAACAGCGGUGUCCAGUCAAAAAACCAAUAAGGUGUUUACACAAACCUUUAGUUUGUCUACGGUGAGGGGAGAGGAGUUUACAUUCCAAAGUCCCAAUGCCGAGGAUAUUAGAGAUUUGGUGGUUUACUUUUUGGAUGGAUUGAAGAAAAGAUCCAAAUUUGUCAUAGCAAUACAAGACUAUCGUGCGCCUUCAGAUGGCUCCAGUUUUCUGUCCUUCUUCAAAGGAGAUCUAAUUAUCUUGGAAGAUGAAAGUUGUGGUGAAAAUGUUUUGAACAAUGGCUGGUGUAUUGGUCGCUGUGAGAGAUCCCAGGAGAGAGGAGAUUUUCCUGCCGAAACUGUUUAUGUUUUACCCACGCUAUCCAAGCCGCCACAAGAUAUUUUGGCCUUGUUUAAUGUCGAUGAAGCUCAUCAUGGCAGACGUUUGAGUAUGGUCUCAAAUGGUGUGCCUGAAACUCGAGAUAGACCUCAUACUUUAAUGGAAUAUGCCAUGGAUCAUUUCCGUUUGCCACCCAAGAGAACGGUCUCAAAAACCCUCACCUUAAGUUCGAAACGUUCGGAAGAGAUAUGGCGUUAUUCUCGCGAUCCCAUUAAAGCUCCUCUAUUAAGGAAACUGCAAGCUAAGGAAGAAUUGGCGGAAGAAGCUUGUUUUGCUUUUGCCGCCAUACUCAAAUACAUGGGUGAUUUACCCUCCAAGAGGCCUAGAAUGGGCAAUGAAAUUACCGAUCAUAUAUUUGAUGGUCCCUUAAAACAUGAGAUCCUAAGAGAUGAAAUCUAUUGUCAACUAAUGAAACAAUUAACCGACAAUCGUAAUCGCAUUUCCGAGGAACGAGGUUGGGAGUUAAUGUGGUUGGCCACUGGUUUAUUUGCCUGUUCUCAGGGUUUACUUAAAGAAUUGACUUUAUUCCUAAGAACUCGCCGUCAUCCCAUAUCCCAAGACUCGCUACAUCGUCUGCAGAAAACCAUACGCAAUGGCCAACGUAAAUACCCGCCACAUCAAGUAGAGGUGGAGGCUAUACAACACAAAACCACACAAAUAUUCCACAAAGUAUAUUUCCCCGACGACACCGAUGAGGCCUUCGAGGUGGACUCCUCCACCAGAGCUAAAGAUUUUUGCCACAAUAUCUCACAACGUUUGUCCUUGCGCACCAGUGAGGGUUUCUCGCUCUUUGUGAAAAUCGCCGAUAAGGUGAUUUCCGUGCCCGAGGGAGAUUUCUUCUUUGACUUUGUCCGACAUCUAACGGACUGGAUUAAAAAGGCCCGACCCAUACGUGACGGCACCAAUCCCCAGUUUACUUAUCAAGUGUUCUUUAUGAAAAAGCUGUGGACAAAUACGGUGCCGGGCAAGGAUCGUAAUGCUGACUUAAUAUUCCAUUAUCAUCAGGAAUUGCCGAAAUUAUUAAGGGGUUACCAUAAGUGUUCGCGUGAAGAGGCUGCCAAAUUGGCGGCCUUGGUAUAUCGUGUACGUUAUGGUGAUAAUAAACAAGAAUUGCAAGCCAUACCACAAAUGCUGCGUGAAUUGAUACCCUCCGAUUUAAUGAAAAUGCAAAGUACUAGUGAAUGGAAACGAGCCAUAGUUGCUUCCUAUAAUCAAGAUUCUGGCAUGACUUCUGAAGAUGCUAAAGUCGCUUUUCUGAAAAUUGUUUAUAGGUGGCCCACAUUUGGCUCGGCCUUCUUUGAAGUUAAACAAACGACUGAACCCAAUUAUCCCGAAAUGUUAUUGAUAGCUAUAAAUAAACAUGGUGUUAGUUUAAUACAUCCCGUUACAAAGGACAUUUUAAUAACCCAUCCAUUUACCCGUAUUUCGAAUUGGUCAUCGGGCAACACCUACUUCCACAUGACAAUUGGCAAUUUGGUUCGAGGCUCAAAACUGUUGUGUGAAACCUCGUUGGGCUAUAAAAUGGAUGAUUUAUUAACAUCCUAUAUAUCAUUAAUGUUGACAAAUAUGAACAAAAAUCGUACUAUACGCGCAAAUUAAUUAAUUUAAUAACCAAAUCCCUUCUUACUACUUUAAUAACUUUUUAACAACUUAAAUUUAUAUAAAAGAAAUCUUUGUAACCUUUUUUUUAUAACUAAAUUUUGGUUAGUUUUGUAAUUUCUAUAAAAAAGUAUUCACCAUAGUUUAAGGGGUUUUAUCAAAAUUAUUUUUACUUAAAUAAUUCUCUUAAAAGGUGUUUUAAUUUUCUUCUCUCUCUCUCUCCUUUUGUUAAUGAUCAAAUUAAUUUUAAUAUUUCAUUAUCCUAAUUAACACAAAAUAUUUAAUUUCUUUUUUUAAUUGCCUAUAAUUAAAAAUAUCAUAAUUAUUUAUUUGCUUAUUUUAUAUUUAUUAGUUUUUAAGUAAGACAAUCGAAAAAAACAGAAAACAGAACAGAAAACAAAAUAUUAAGUUUUAUAUAGAAAUAUUUACAUUUGAUUACAGUUUGUUGCUAUUUUGAACAUUAUUAAUUAUACAUAAUAAACAUAAAUUUACAUACAUAUUUUGGUUAUAGAUUUUCGGAAUUGUUGUAAAAUUUUAGAAAAUAUUUAAAGAAAAUUUUAUUUUAAAAAUUUAAUAUGCUGUUGAAUACAUUCAAAUUUUUGUGUAGUCGCCUUAUAUUGUUAAAAACAAAAUGUUGAGUUUUAAAUCAAAAGUUAAGCAGAAACAAAAGAAAUAUAAAAACAUAAAAACAAGAAUAUAUGAAUUAUGUAUGAACAAAAAACAAUCCUUUUUAUUAAUUUUUACAAUUAUAGUUGUAUUUUGUAAUCAACAAAACAAGUAUAUAAUUUAUACAAUAAAUAUAUAUUUAUAAAAAAAAA